CCGCCGCCGCCGCCGCCGUGCACGCACUAGCACUUCCCCAUCCACACGGCAAACAAGGCCAAAACCCACGACGCCGAUGCCGCCACCUCGCCGCGCGCUGCUCACCUCCUUUCUCCGCCUCCGCGCCUUCUCCUCCGUUGCUUCUCACUACCCGCCCGCUCCACCCCGCCGCCACCAGUUCGUCGCCGACCCCAGCGCCGCAGCUUCUACAUCCACCAGCCGAGGUGGCAUCAGCGUCGGCGGCGGGAACCCCUUGGACCCGACGCAGCUCCUCCGCGACGACCCGGUGGCCAUCACGGCGUCGCUGUGGGUCUCCUCCUUCCGCGCCGCGCCCGCCGCUGGCCCCGCCUAGCCGCUGGCGCCCUUCCUCUCGCGCCUCGAGCUGUGGGUGCUCGCCUACCAGAAGGCCUACGCCGACGAGACCGGAUCCUACCUGCCGCGCUCCUCCAUCCCGGCCUCCACGGUCGCCUCCCUCCUCGCGCUCCGCAACGCCGUUCUCGACGCCCGCUUCCGCUUCGGCAACCGCCUCACCCCCUUCCUCCAGUCCCCGCGCGCCGCCAACGCGCCGGACCCUGGCUCCCUCUCCAAGCGCAAGCUCCGCGCCCUCCUCACCACCCCCGGCCCGCCGCCUUUCCAGGACCGCGUCGUGCAGGAGCUGCUCCUGCUUCUGCUCGAGCCCGUCUACGAGGCGAGGUUCUCGCAGAAGUCCUUCGCCUUCCGUCCCGGGCGCUCCCCGCACGCCGCCAUCCGCACCAUCCGCCGCAGCUUCGCGCCAUACCUCUGGUAUAUCAAGGGCGACCUCUCCCCGCUCCUGCAUUCGCCUGAUCCUGCGCUCGUAGUCGGUGCGCUCAUCCGUGAUGUGCGUGACAAGAAGGUUGUGGAUUUGAUUCGCUCGGCGCUGCUCACCCAAGUGGUGACCGCGAGGCCCGGAGAUGAUGCUGUGUCAAAGAAGAAGACGAAAAGGAAGUACCAGAAGAAGAAGGUGCUGCCAGAAGGGGAGCCAAAGCCUGACCCUUACUGGUUGCAGACGUUCUUUGGGUUUGCACUGCAGGAGGCGCAAACUCAGCCUGAUUGGGGGCAUUGUGGGGUGUUGAGCCCAUUGCUCGCCAACGUGUGUCUGGAUGAGCUUGAUAAGUGGAUGGAAGAAAAGAUUAUGGAGUUUUACAAGCCGUCCAAGUCCGAUGUUGUGGGAGGAGAGGAUGGCGUUGAGCAGGGUAACACGUCAUGGCCGGAGUUCGUUCCCACAAGUGGCCCUGACAAGACAAGGAAGGUGGAUUACAUUCGGUAUGGUGGGCAUUUCUUGAUCGGUGUGAGGGGCCCAAGGGCUGAUACAGCAGUGCUCCGGAAGCAGCUAGUUGAAUUUUGUGACCAGCGGUUCAGGAUCAAACUUGAUAACGAGAGCCUCCCAAUUGAGCACAUCACCAAAGGGAUCAUGUUCCUUGAUCAUGUCCUGUGUCGUCGAGUUGUAUACCCAACCCUACGUUACACAGCCACCGGAGGCAAGAUCAUCAGUGAGAAGGGAGUUGGUACACUGCUCUCGGUGACAGCUAGUCUGAAGCAGUGCAUCAAGCAGUUUCGGAAGCUCGAGUUUUUAAAAGGAGACCGUGAACCAGACCCACAACCAUGCUUCCGUAUGUUCCAUGCCACACAAGCUCACACAAAUUCUCAGAUGAAUAAGCUUCUACUGACGAUGGCAGAGUGGUAUCGCUAUGCUGAUAACCGCAAGAAGGUCGUCAACUUCUGCUCUUACAUUAUUAGGGGGUCCUUGGCAAAAUUAUAUGCUGCCAAGUACAAGCUGCGGUCAAGGGCAAAGGUCUAUAAGAUUGCAUCAAGGAACCUUAGUCGGCCAUUGAAGGAUAAGAAAGGGCAGUCACCAGAGUACCACAAUUUGCUGAGAAUGGGCCUUGUGGACUCAAUUGAUGGUCUUCAAUUUACAAGGAUGUCUAUGGUUCCUGAUCCUGAUUACACGCCAUUACCAAGUGGAUGGCGGCCAGACCAUGAGAAGAUUUUGCUGGAGUAUAUAAAGCUCACAGAUCAACAUACAUUGGAAGAGCAGCAGAACUGCAUUAGAGAGGAGGGGCUUAUAACACCACAGGACUACAUUUCAAUGCUUGUAUGGGGCUACAAGAAAAAUGCAGUUUUACUUCCUCCUUCAAAAGAGAGCGAUACCCAAGGGUCCACAGAAGACCUGGGUUCAGAUACAGAUGAAUUGGAUGAAAAGGAGCUAGGAAAUGAGGGCCAUCUAAGUUUUCCAAAGGUUGCUGAAAUGUCGUGAAUAUUGAUGAUUUCUGUAAACCUCCCAAGGGGCAUUUGACUGGAUGAUUGGUUGGUGACAAUGAAGUAACCCACUGCUAAGCUCUUUGCUGGCUGAUUCAUGGUGACCCAGGCAGAUGGCUGCUUCCUUCUCAAGGAGAUGAAAAGGCAGUUCCAUCUGUCAACUCUAUUUCUUACUGCUCAGGGCCAUGGUGGAUACAGGUCAUGGUGCUCGAACAUGAAUUUCAACCCAGCAUGGCAUUUUAGGGAACUAGUGAAGCUCCCAUUUUGCUGUCAAAUUGUGCGUCACAUGCAGAGUCAGCUGCUCAUAUAUCAAACCUGAUGUUUAAUCUAAAUGGAAGUAGGGAUCUUGACGCAAAACUUGGGUCUCAUGGAGCACACUGAGAUGCUAAAUUGAUGGAGAAGAAAAUAUGAAAAAGAGAGGGAGAUGCUGAUGCAGCGAGGACUAGACUUGCUGUGCACAAGCACAAACUCGACUGGGAUCAUGCAUGGAUGGCAGACAAAAUGUGAACUGCAGCAUGAAUGUCCUUUGAAAUCUUCGUCCUAAUUUACCCAAAUUUAGUCAGUGCUACUCGGAUAUGUGCAGGGCAGGCUGACGAGGCAGUGCAGUGCCGUUCUGGGGCUACACCUGUAUGUACAUCACUUUUACUGGACCUACUACGGCUACGAUCGCCAUCAACGACCGCGUGCUCGACGGGCUGUUAUAUUGCUUUUGGCCGACGUCCAAGAAGAGCUUUUGGCAUAGGCGAUCCGGCACAUGGGAGAAAGAAGAAAAUCGAUGGGAAUGCCGGAUGCACUUGGAGUUUGGAGCGGGCAAUUUGAUUUGACCGGCUGGGGAGUAGGUAGCAUGCCGUGUAUGCAAGAUGGAGCCGAGUCGUGUCAGGUGAGAAACGGCGACUCCGACUCGUACGCACGGUCAGUGCUACGGGAAAAAGAUUGGCACUGAAAAGUGGCAGUGUGAUCCCGUCGAAGUUAGGGAUAUUAUGAUCAACCUAUUAAUCCACUCUAAUUUAAUUAAUUAAAAAUGUAACAAUUAAAAAUUUAAUUAGUUGAUUAAGUUGAAUUAGAGUUUAUCAACGGAUAUCUAUCCCUACCGUGCCCUGCGACAAGCAUAGAAUGUGAGCGGUGCAGCUAGGGAUGGUAACGGGACUAAUUUCUGUCGGAGAAUGUUUUUCUAUCUUUGUCUUUAUUUAGCUAUCAGGAGAAAGUUUUCUCUCAUUUUCAUCCUCGUAGAGAAUUUUGUGAGGAUCAUGUCUUUAAUGGGAAUGUAAAAUCAAAUUCUAGGAUGAUAAAGUAACAUAUGGACAUCAUAAAGUA